ACCUGAUUGUGGACUGCUCUUUUUGAAAGUAGGCACUCAAAAGGACAUGACAUCCUUUACUAACGUGUAGGUGAUCCGCUGGAGCGAAACUCGUGAGAAGACCGGAAAUAUGUUUUACUCUUUUCCGAUCUGCUCCUUAAUGUGGAGAACUUGUGAUAGUGGGGGAAUUGCGAUAGUUCCCUAAGUCUGUAACGUUCACCAUCUUUUACCUGCUUCAUACAAAGUAGCAAAUAGUCUUCAUACUCUACUUUUCCUUUAUCCGGUUCUCUCUGUUUUCUUUGUUACCUGAGAUCCGUUAAAGCCUCACAUCCGAGUUGUUCUUUUCGUCUUAGCCGGAAAUCGGAACUGAAACGCGCCUCUGCUCGGGUCCAAGUGGAUUCAAGAGAGAGAAAAAGAGAUGCUGAUGAGGAAUCAACUGUUGAAAGCUGCUUUAAUACAAAUUCACAUUGGGACCCAGCUGCACGUUUACAGAAGGCAUAGCUACAUGGAGGUCCACCACUAAGUCUCCUUCACUUCCUCAACUUCUCUCUCUAGUUCUUCCCCCACAUUGUGUAUGAUCCUGGGGGAUGAGCUCAGAAGACAAGAGCUCCACCAUGUCCCAAAAAAUCUCUUCUCCAUCUCGCAGCAACAGCAGCACCUCUUCCAAACAUGACAGCCGACAGGACAGCUGGGAGAUCGUGGAGGGACUGCGAAGUGGUUUAGGGAACGUUCAGCAACCUGACAGACAGGAGGGCUUCAUGCUGAAGAGGAGAAAAUGGCCAAUGAAAGGCUGGCACAAGAGAUAUUUCUUAUUGGAUAAGGGAAUUCUGAAGUAUGCCAAAUGCUCAGCGGAUAUCGAGAAGGGCAAGCUUCAUGGCUGCAUUGAUGUGGGUUUGUCUGUCAUGGCCAUAAAAAAGAAGUCCAAGUGUAUUGAUCUGGAUGCAGAGGAGAACAUCUACCAUCUAAAGAUCAAGUCUCAGGAGCUGUUUGAUGAAUGGGUCUGUAAGCUGCGUCACCACCGGCUGUACAGGCAGAAUGAGAUCGCCAUGCUGCCCCCUGAGAAACCACUCUUCAGCCCUCACUUCCCUACCACCUCCUCGCCCAACUUUAGCGAGAGCCAAGCUGCCAGAAAGCGUGCUUCUCUUGCCAAGCAGACUUCUCUGCACUCUCCGAUCACCUUCACCAGUCAAGCUAAGGUGUUUGCCUGGCUGCAAUACUCUGACGACAUGGACAGAUGUUCCAAAGAGCUGUCUGAGUGUGAGUCUCAGUUGCUAGAUCUGAAUCACCUGCUUAGGAGUAUGGAGGUUCUCCACCGCACCUAUUCAGCACCUGCUAUCAAUGCCCUGCAGGCAUAUACAUAUGACAGCCCAAAAAAAGAAAAAAGACAUCCCAGGAAAUGGCGUUCCAAACAUUACAGCAAGGACAACAAAACAACGCUGCAGGUCCCCAGCUGUAUCUCCUCAGGUUCCGUGCGUCUUCACGCCUCUAAUCCCAACCUCUCCUCUGCCGAUCUGGCCAUUGAGAAAAACUAUCCAGAGCCUCUUGAACUGUCUGUAGAUGUGUCCAAACUGCAAGAAGAUUUCUGCCGUGUGGCCAACAGUUUGCACACUAACCUGAAGUCGGCUCUGGGCUCCCUGAUGUCCGAGAAAGACAAACUGAGGCAGAUGAUGGAGCAGGAAACAUGUACAGCUCCUUCUGCACAGCUCCUGGGCCUGAAGAGUGCACUGGCUUCUGCUUUAACGCAGAAUUCUGAUCUGAGAGAGCGCCUCUGCAAGAUACACAUAGAGUCGCAUAUCUCUGAGCCUGCCAUCCUUAAAAACUUCAGCACUGGCUCGCUGCAGAAACAGGAAUCCUCAGACUGUUCCCGUCACCUCGUCCACCAGGCGUCCAAUGAGAGCCGAGCAUCCAUUACAGAGUCUCUGUCUGAGUUCUUUGACGCUCAAGAAGUUUUGCUUUCCGCAAGCUCUUCUGAGAAUGAGCCUUCAGAAGAUGACUCAUACAUCAGCGAUAUCAGUGAUAAUAUCUCCAUGGACAACUUCAACCAUGAGGUCCAGAACGAGAGACUUGAAUCAGAUUGUGUAGAGAACGGCGUUCAGGGGAAGCGCCGUUCUUUGCUCCCCUCUCCGAGUCCCAACACCAGCAAUAUCAGUCUGUGGAACAUCCUGAGGAAUAACAUUGGAAAGGACCUGUCCAAGGUGGCUAUGCCAGUGCAGCUGAACGAGCCACUCAACACCCUGCAGAGGCUGUGUGAGGAGCUAGAGUACAGCGAGCUGCUCGACCGAGCCGCACACACACAGGACCCGUUUGAACGCAUGGUGUACAUUGCAACGUUUGCGGUAUCAGGCUAUGCCUCCAGUUACUACAGAGCAGGAGGGAAACCUUUCAACCCAGUGCUGGGAGAGACAUACGAGUGCGACCGGCCAGAUAAAGGAUUCCGCUUUACAGCAGAGCAAGUAAGCCAUCACCCCCCAAUAUCUGCAUGCCAUGCUGAGUCGAAAAACUUCAUCUUCUGGCAAGAUGUGAGGUGGAAAAACAAGUUCUGGGGGAAGUCCAUGGAGAUUGUUCCGGUCGGCACCACUCAUGUGGUGCUCCCUGGGCUGGGAGACCACUAUGAGUGGAACAAAGUAACAUCAUGUAUUCACAACAUUCUGAGUGGUCAGCGCUGGAUCGAGCACUAUGGGGAAAUCUGCAUUAAGAACACUAGCAGCGAUAUCUGUCAGUGCAAAGUCACCUUCAUCAAGGCAAAGUACUGGAACUCCAGCAUGAAUGAGGUGGAGGGAACAGUCAUGGACCACAAAGGCAAGGUGAUACACAAGCUGUUUGGGAAAUGGCAUGAGGGUAUAUACUGUGGAAGCCCACCAUCUGCUACAUGCAUCUGGAGAACAAAUCCAAUGCCUCCUGACUAUGAGCAGUACUACGGCUUCACAAAGUUUGCUCUUGAGCUGAAUGAACUGGAUCCACAAACCAAAGUUUUACUGCCACCCACAGACACUAGAUUACGUCUCGAUCAGAGGUUACUGGAGGAGGGGAAUGUUGAGGCUGCAGAAGCACAGAAGCAGAGAAUCGAACAGCUACAGAGAGAUAGGCGCAGAGUCCUCGAGGAGAACAGCAUAGCACAUCAGCCACGGUUCUUCCAGAAAUCAAAAGAUGACACAUGGGUCAGCAACAACAUGUACUGGGACCUGAGGAAAGACCCAGGCUUCAGUAAUCUGGAUUGUCCAGUGCUGUGGUGAUCUACAGUUGAAUGUUACUUACUCCCAGGCCUCUUCUGUCUCUGCCUGCUCUGACCUUCUGUAUAUGGAAGAAAAACACAUCUCCAGUGGAGGGUGGAAACCCAUCUUACAGAGGCCAAACUCUGACGAUGGCAAUUCUUUUGCCUGAUAAUCAACAUAAAAAACCGUACCUCUGUUUCCAGAAACUUAUCCAUAUUCCAGCACCCUGUGUUACAUAAUAUUCUAUUUUAAAUGCCUUAAUAUGCUUCUCAUAUAUUUUAGUGUGUUUAUGCAGGCAUCUUCCUUGAAUGUUUUAGAAAUUAUGCAAACAUAUCCCAGUUCGUCAUCUCUGAAACUGCUCUGUGCAAGUAGUAGCACAAAAAUACUGACACGUACACUGUUGCAUACUGUACUUUUGGGGACCAGAGUGAAACUGCAGACAGAAAAAUGCCUGAGUCCUGCCAACAAACAAAAGAACUUGCGCAUGCAUGUCUGAAAAAUGCUGUCAUUUGAUCAAAGUAACAUUGUCUACCUCCUAAAAGAGAUGGUAUACUAGUGUAUAAUAUAAGGACAAUAUUGGAGAAAGAAUUUCACACCUUAUGUCUUAUGCCUUAUGGUUAUACAUAUUCCAUAACAUCUAUAUUAUAGCCUUUAAUCAUGUUUAAAAAAUAUAAACAUAACAAUGUUGCUAGCAUCUAAGAAGUAAUCACACAGCUUUCUUUCAAAUACUAAAUAGUCACCACACUGCAUUUGAAUGUUUAGCUGAAUGUUUCAGCUUUUUUUUUUUGUAAUCUGUAUCCAUCAAGUUCUUCCUGGAAAGAGAACAACUUGGAAAAUUACAAUGACAACAGCUAAGAUCUUUUUUCUUCAAUAAAACAAUUAUUUCUGUG